AUGGCUGUGAUAUAUUUACAAAUUAAUGGAAAGUCUGAUCCUAUUACUGCUCAUGAGGCUGCAAGGAUUGGUUUAGGGUCGGUGAGUCUACAAAAAUGGGUUGAUAGGCCUCCUCCGUCCCUCGUUCGUGUUUUGGUCUCGGAUGGUCUUCCAGUUAUGUGUGCUUUGAAUGACCUUUUUCCAACUGGGUUUUUAUAUAAAUAA